AUGCAGUCUGGCUAUGAGUAUGCUCCCUACAACCACCACGAUGCCUUGAUCUCCCCCACCACCCUCCUCCAGCCCAAUGCCAGCCCGAGCCAUGCGAACCUGAACGACACCCCUGGCAUCAAGCGGAAAGACCCGCCCACUUCCUCCGCGGUCAAGUCCUCCAAGAAGGUCAAGAGGGUGGGCCCGCGCGACACCAAACCGGACGCAAUGGCAAAUGGCGACGGAGACAAAGAGCCCGAGAGCGCUUCCAAGCCCAAGCGCGUGCGCACCGGAUGUCUGACGUGUAGGGAGCGACACUUGAAGUGCGAUGAGGCCAUGCCCAACUGCAAUAACUGCAAGAAGAGCAAUAGGCAGUGUAGGCGAGGAGUGCGACUGAACUUCAUUGACACGUGGGUGGACCGGCCGCCGCGGAUAGUGACAAAAUACGGCACUUCGGAGUGGAAGGUGGAGUUUAUGGAUGAGUCGCGAGAGAUUGCAAAUGAAUACCAGGGAGGCAUUCGGCGAUAUAAACAUCUCGAACAGGACAUUCAACAACCUCCUUCAGCCCUCGACUCAGCCGUCGCUUUUGAAUUCCCGCAGAACGCACCCGCUGCCGCUGUCGUGGCCCAGCAGCCCCUCCCACCUAUACAAGGCAUGAUGCCAGAACAAUACUCCAAUCAGAACCCCGCUCCACACCUGCAGAACAACAUGUUCGACCCGCAGCCCAAAUCCGACCCACUGCAGUACCAUCAACAUCAACCAUCGCAACCGCCUCCACAUUCAAGCUCUACCCAACACUCACAUUACCCUGACAAUGGAAUGAACGCUGGCUCGGUCGCGAGCUUCAACCCGCCCGACACGGAUUUGGAUCACGAGACUGGCAAAAAGGAAUUUCUCGACAGUCAAGAGGAAACGCUUUUCAUGCAAGUAUUCGUCGAAGAGGUCGGGUUGUGGAUGGACAGCAUGGAUCCGUCGAAGCAUUUCUCCCGUCUGCUCCCUUUUCACUCACUCUCAGAGCCCAUGCUCCUCAAUGCCUUUUUGGCAUGCGGUGCCCGACAUCUGACCCUGGUGAAUCCAGCAUACACCGAGGAGAAGGCACUUCACUACUACGAUACAGCGACGAGGUAUCUGUUGAAGAAUCUGCAGAACCCCAAUCGAGAUACGGUGGUGUGCGCGACCACGGCCGUGAUUUUGAAUGUCUACGAAAUAAUGUCUGAGAGAGCGUUACAACGAAUGAACCAUAUUGCAGGAGCUCGAGCCCUCAUCAAAGAGUGUGGCUGGAAUGCGCGUGCACAAGGAAUCGGCUCGGCUUGCUUCUGGCUCAAUGUGGGGUUGGAAGUGCUUUCAUGCCUGCAUUUCAACUGGCAAGUCGCAUGGGAUCCGGAGGAUUGGGGAGUGGAUAUGGACUUCAGCCGCGAGAUUUCUAACGGACGAGAGGAGAUCUGGACUCAUCGCAUGCUCUUCAUCAUUGCCAAAAUCUGCAAUUUCAGGGCGACCAUGCCACGGGUCCCGGAGCCGAACGAACGUGAUGAGCAGGUCCGCAAGCAGCAAAGACACCAGGAAUGGUCUCGGUUGAAAUCGAUGUGCGGUGCCUGGAACGACGGCAUACCUCGGACCAUGCACCCGAUGGCCUAUCUGUAUGCGCACCAGACAAGUUCCAACUCGGUCUUCCCAGAAAUUUGGCUUGUCAAGCGCACCACGAUCGUUGCGAGGCUAUUCUACCACACGGCUAUGCUGCUGAUGGCGCAGAUACACCCAUACCUGUUUGUUACGAACAAUCCGGAUAUGUCAAACAUGCAAGCACAACACUCGCGGAUGAUCUGCGGGAUCGUUGCGCAUGUCAAGGAUCGGUAAGUCGGACCCAAGAUUUGAGAAGGACGAAAUCGCUGACUUGUUGCAGUGGUGUUGCAUCUGUUGCCAUUCGCUCCCUCGCUCACGCCGCCGAGGUACUCACGGACCGAAGGGAGCAAGAAGAGGUCCUGCAGAUUUUCGAAAAGAUCAACAAGGAGACAGGUUGGCGAAUCGGCUUUGUCUACAAGGAACUCAAGGAACGCUGGGGCUGGCAUGAGGAACCUUCACCUCAGCAGGCUGCCCAGACCCAUACGGCCCACCGACAAGCAAAGGAGGCGCAAGAAGCCCAGCAACGGCAGAUGCAGGAACAAGCUCACCGCGCGAGCCUGCAACUGCAACAAGGCUUCGACUUCAAUCAGCAACCCAGCAUGACCGCAAUGCAGCAGCAACAAGCCUCUCACAACACAACGACGCAACAGAUGCAGCCCACGCCGCCUCAACAGCAUCAGCAGCAACAACAACAACAACAAGCUCCACCUCCGCCUCAACAACAAAACAAACGACCGCCUGCGGGCAUUCCAAACCCCUUGUAUGCCAAGGCGGAUUUUAGUCUUCCGCAGCAUCCUUACCAGAACUUUUACGUUGCGCCAAAUAUGAAUAAUGUCGGUCAGAUGGGAAACAACAACCUUGGGUACGCGCAGCAGCAGCAGCAGCAGCAGCAGCAGCAGCAGCAAGGAAGCAUGGGAUACUAUCAAUGA